UAAAAUCUUUCAAUUUUGGUGAAUCUUUGAUUAAAUGGAUACAUAUUUUCUAUCAUAAUGCAAAAAGCAGAAUAAUUAAUAAUGGGUAUUUUUCAUCAUUUUUGGAUGUAAAACGUGGAUGUAGACAAGGGGAUCCCAUCUCCCCAUAUCUAUUCCUGAUAGGUGUUGAAAUUUUGGCUAUACAAUUGAAAAAAAAUCAAAGUAUCAAAGGUGUACAAAUAAAUAAUAGAGAAUAUUUGCUUGGUCAAUAUGCAGAUGAUGCCUUUUUAUUCCUAGAUGGUUCUUCAAAGUCAUUGUCAAGUACUAUAAAUGACUUCAGUAUAUUUUCUACAGUAUCUGGACUUAAACUUAACAUAGAUAAGUGUCGAAAAAAAAGAAAAGCUAUCAAAAAUAAGAAAAUUGCUUGGAAUGUGGUCUAAAAGAAAUCUUACUCUUUUAGGAAAGAUCACAGUUGUUAAAACACUGGCACUACCACUUAUAACACAUCUACUGUAUUCACUGCCAAAUCCAGGUAAAAAAUGGAUAAGCGAAAUUAACAGAGUUUUUUAUAGAUUUAUAUGGGGGUACAAACCUGACAAAAUCAAACGGGAUACAAUGAUUCUUGAAUAUGGAGAAGGAGGUUUAAAGAUGAUACACAUUGAAAGUUUUAUGAAAUACCUGAAAAUUAAGUGGGUGAAAAGGCUAUAUGAUGGAAAUGGGGACUGGCAAAGUUUAGCAAAAUCUAAUUUUAGUAAAUUUGGAGGGGAGAGAUUAUGGAAUCUGAAAAAAUCAAAACUGGAGGAAAUAUCGAAAAAUGUAACUAAUGUUUUCUGGAAAGAUGUUAUUUUAGCAUGGAAAGAAUAUAAAGAUGAUAAUAAUGAAGUAUCAAGUUUUCUUGGUGAUGAUCUUUUGAAUUACAUACCAGUUCCUAGUUACAAACAAUUUAUUGAAUAUGAACGGAAUGGGGUGAAGACAGUUAAGGACUUGUUGGACAAUAAUUAUCAGUUUUUGUCAUUCAAUGAUAUUAAGACUAAAUGUGAGAAAAUGAUUUUUUUACAAUAUUUUGCAGUAAUAGACCACAUUCCAAGGGAAAACUUAAACAUAAUACGACAACAACCAUUGAUCAACAAUCAAUCAGAAAACAGUAAUCCUUUAAGAAGACUUCUUCAAGCAAAAGAUCUUAGAUAUGUUUAUAAAGCGAUUGUUGCUAACUACAAACAUUAUCCAAUUGAAAGGCAGGAAAAAUGGAAUAGAAAGUUAAAUACAAAUUUAAAUGAUGAUAUAGGUUGGGAGAAAAUUUAUUUAACAAGCUUUCUGGUGACAAUUGACACAAAACUUCAAAAUCUACAAUUUAAGAUUCUUCAUAGAAUAUUAACAACCAACAGUUUUCUUUACCAAAUUAAUGUUAAGGAUGAGGAUCUAUGUACUUUUUGUAGAGAUGCACCAGAAUCAAUUGAACACUUAUUUUUUAACUGUGUGAAAAUAAAUAAUAUAUGGAAUGAUUUAAUAGCUUGGGUGAAUGACUUGAAUAACAAUAUUAUCAUUAUUGAUCAUAUGAAUAUCAAGGAUGUGUUAUUUUUUUGUGAAAAGAUGUCUUCUUUGAAUAACACAAUGAACAAGUUUAACCAAAAGUGGUCUCCCCUUAAUAUCUAAGAAAAAAGCUUUUAAUAUCAAUUGCAUAUCCGGGUAAACUUACAACCCGUAAAGAAUUAAUUAAAGCAUGAAGGAAGAUUUUUGGUAUUUAAGUAAAUAACAGGCGUACAUGUAUGUAUUAUAUCUGUCUUGUGUAUGUGUUAUGUUGAUAAGUAUGUUUAUUGGUUUAUUUGUAUGUGUAGACCCAAAUGGCAUGGUAAAUAUAUAAUUAUUUAUUGUAAUAGAAAGGAUGGAUGUAUCCAUAUAUUAAUAUCUUAAUAUAUGCUGUCAGGCAUGCGAGGAUGUGUGUGUAUGGGUACGAGUGUAUGCGUGUACAAUUAUGUGUGGU